AUGAGCGAAAAUAAAAAGAGAAAUGGCCAAAAAAUGUGUUGUGUUGUGAAUUGUAGCAAUACAUACAAGACUGGUCAUAAAUUAUUUAACUUUCCAAAUCGACAGCAUGAAAAAGAACUUAAAGAAAAGUGGGUAAAAAGUAUUAAAAGAAUGAAUAUUGAUGGAAUACCAUGGAUACCUACAUCCAAUUCAGUAAUAUGUAGUGACCAUUUUGUUGGAAAUAGGCCAAUAAGACAUCCAAAUAGUCCUGCUUAUAUUCCUACCAUUUUCCCGACAGCAUACAAAAAGCAAAAGGUAAACAGUAAUCAACAGGACUUAAGAUAUAAACGUUUUUGCAGCCGUGAAGCUGUAUCCCAGUCUACUAGUGUUGAAUAUAUUGCUGAUGCCAACCAAUGUAAAUCAAAUGAUAUUGUAAAUCAUGUAGGAGUACAAGUUGCGUUAGAUGUUUCAAAUGUAAAAGAAUUUUCCUUUGAGUGUUCCUUUUUUUAUGACAACUGUACUAGUACUUCAAUAACUACACCAAAUAAUUUUAUUCUUGGGCAGAAAAAAGUUGUUAAAGAUCAGUCUUGUGGUCCUAGUUCUGAACAGUACAGUUCAUGUUUAAGUUGUGAAAAAUUUCAUGAUUUUGAAUCUAUAAAAAAUGAAAAUUCUUUAAAAGAUUUGACUGGAUCUUCAUAUGUAGUUUUUAACUUACUUUUAAAUAUGCUUCCAGAUGUAGGUAUAAAUAGUACCUUAACAAACAAUAAUAAGCUUCUACUAUUUUUAAUGAAACUAAAACUUGGUGUAACUUUUUCAGCUCUUGGAGUUUUAUUUAAUAUUCAUCGUACCACUGCCAGCAGAAUUUUUAUAAAUUUACUUUCUAUCUUAUGUGAAAAGACUAAACAUUUUAUAUUUUGGCCUAGUAAAGAAACUAUCUCAGAAACUCUUCCUUAUGCUUUCAAAAAAAAUUAUCCCAAUUGCAAGUCCAGCUUUUAG